AUGGAUUCAGGUUUCCCUUGCCCAGACGUGGGUCAUCAGGGCCCCUCUCAGGAGCUAGGCCUGGGUGUGGGGCUCAAAGGAGAGCACCUGGUGGCCGGGCCUGCACCCAUGGGGCUCGGCUUGGCACAGCCCAAAAAAGUAAUGAUGGGCUCACCACCUGUGAGAGGGACCAUAGUGGUCAAAUGCAAUUUGAUCUGGGCGGGAGCUGAAGGCAGGGACCUUGGCAAUCCUACCUCCGGUAAACCAAACAGGACGAGAGGUUUUACCAUAUCAGAUGGAGCAGUUUCCUGGAGAGCAAAACCACACCUGAAGGAGCUACAAGAAAUUGAACCUACACUGAGAAAAUCCAGACAAGGGGAUAACGUGACCUUGAAGGCUCUGAACAAGAUUUUGGGAGUCUGUCCUGACACCCCUCCGGGUCUUGUAGGUUCUCUGCGUCUUGAGUUUACUCGUGGAGGUUCGCUGGAUAAGGUUGCAGAGAAGUUCAGCGCUCCUUCCCUUGGGAUGGGGGGACAAUAUAAGCCUCCCAAUUGCAUCGCCAAGCACAAGGUGGCAAUAAUCAUCCCUUUCCGCAACCGAGACGAGCACCUGAAACAGUGGCUUUAUUACCUGCAUCCCAUUCUGAUGCGGCAGCAAUUGGACUACGGCGUGUAUGUCAUCAACCAAGCCGGAGAGGGCGUGUUUAACCGGGCCAAGCUGCUGAAUGCAGGCUUUGUAGAGGCCCUAAAGUAUUACGACUAUAAUUGUUUUGUCUUCUCCGAUGUGGACCUGGUGCCUCUGGAUGAUCGCAACCUGUACAGAUGCUUUGACAAUCCUAGGCAUUUGGCGGUGGCUAUGGAUAAAUUCCAGUACAGUUUACCCUACUACACCUACUUUGGAGGUGUCUGCUCAUUGUCCAAGGAGCAAUACUUGCGGAUUAACGGCUUCCCAAACACUUUCUGGGGCUGGGGCGGCGAGGAUGACGAUAUCUAUAACCGAAUCGUCUACCGAGGGAUGUCCAUUUCUCGGCCAAACAUGCUGAUAGGGAAGUAUAAGAUGAUUAAACAUGACAGGGACCUGCACAAUGAGGUCAAUCCAGUGAAUCCUGCCAAAGUGGGACAAACCCAAAAGACAAUGAAUCAAGAUGGUUUAAGCUCUCUUAAUUACCAAGUCAGCGGCGUUGAGAGGCAUGCAGGCUAUACUUUUAUCACUGUUGACAUUGAUGCUCCAUCAGUUAAAUGA